CCCCUGACAGGUAACACGACACACCUUUGAUGAAGAAACUGUUUGCUGUCACUCGUUAUGUUGGGAGCUACAUAACAGACUUGUAGAUGAGAGCAGUGAUGCAUUCUGACAACACUGUUGUUUCCUGUUUGUAGGUCUGAAUAUUCAUGAAUGAAUUCACUAAUGAGUCUAUGAGAUGUGACUUUUGGUCCAAAAUGAGCCUUUUCAUGUUGAGUUUAUUCACAUUUCAUCUGCACCAGGAAACAAGUCAGAACUUGAGCUGAGCUGACUUCACUGCUGAGAGAUGAGGGACAGUCAGAACUGGUCUGACAGCCUGAACUGGUUUUUAUCUUUGACUGAAACUCAAUCAGCUGUUUAUUCUCUGACUGUACAAAACGACACCCAGCAGUGAAUCAAAGAACUCCUGCUGCUUGUUGUCUUUACCAGGAGACAAAUUUAGGAAAGUUCAUGUUGUGAUGUCAGACACUCGAGGAGGCGGGGCUUGUGUUGUGGUCCCUGGGUUUGGCUUGUCAGGUUGGUGUCUCUGAUUGGCAGGUGUGUGUCACAAACCUCCUGCUAUCAGAAGUGUGAAUCUUUUAACUGGUGGACCCCCGUCGUCAACAGCAGCAAAGCGUCCUUUUAGUCCUGACCCACAGACUGAAUCCAAAGACUUCCAGAGUGUCUGUGAGGAAGCCCAGAGGUUUCCGAAGGGAAACUUUGAACCCUGCAGUCUGGGUUUAACACUCGCCACCGUCUCUGUCAGGAAAUGCUAAUAUGGUUUGUGUUGCUGUGGUGGGACAGGACUAUCAGUCCAAGAUAAGACAGCAGAGAACUUCAGUCAGGGCUUUCAGCUGGAGUUUCUGCUUCACAAGACAAUAAAAAUAUGAUGAACAAAGCAAAUAUGAAGACUUUCUUAUUUCUUUAUAGUCAUGGAGCCACAGGCACUAAACUCAGGAACUGAACUAUAAACCCAAACUUUGUGUUGCACAUUCCUGAUGAUGUUUCCACUGAAUCUGAGGGGCUGAGAUUACAAGUUGGACAGAAAAGCGAUCAAAAAUGUGGAGUUUGAGUGGAUGUAAUGAAGACUUGUAGAGGUGGAAGAGGAGAACAAAAACUCCAGAGAAUCGAAGCUCCAAAGUGGAAGCUCUUUUCUGUUUUAGAACAAAGAUGUGAUGAUGUUUCAGUCAGAUGAAUUCAUGUCCUCAUGUUGACUCCAGUUCCACCCAGUGAUGUUAACUGUGUGAAUGAUGGAGAAGUUGUUGCAGCUACAAGCUUCAUGCUGACCAUCACUGAGGUUCAGACUUUUCCACCACAGGAACUGAAGGCGGUUCUGCUUUGGUUUCCACUGUUCUCUCCUCACGUUGGGGGCGACUUCCUGCAGCUAAAUGUCAGCUCAGCUCAGGAUGUGAUACUGAAUCCAAGUUCACUCUGAGGGGGAACUGAAUCCAACAGCCACAACACAGAAAACACAGCAGGACGUCCACCAGCAGGACAGCAGCAGAAAUCUUGUAACGUGUGAUGGAGACGUUGUUGUCAUGAAUGUUGGAGCUCUGACAGCAUGUUGUUGUGUUUGUGUGAAGGUGUGGGCUCUGCUAUGAAUCAGUGUGAGGAGACAGAGGAGGGAGUCCCUCCCUCUAAAACCACUCUGUGUGGGGAACAUGACAGCCAGACCAAAGCUCAGAGCCCCGAGCAGCAGCAGAGACCAGACUGUCCUGAACCUGAACCCAGCUGUGUGUCCAUGAAGAGUGACAGGUCCAUGGCUCAACCAAUACAGUUUAAAAGACGACUUCCUUCAGAGACUCAUGUGGACCAGCAGACAGCAGACUCUCCUGUACCCAGCUGUGUGUCCAUGAAGAGUGACUGGUCCAUGGAUCAACCUCUUCACUUCAGAGGUGGACACGACUCUGCUGAAGGAAGAGUUCAGCAGCAACAGUCAGAUGUUCUCGGCGGUCAGUCUGUCCAGCAGAAUCCAGCAGACCUGGACUCCAUAUUCAUGCAUCUUGAGGAGAACGUUGUCACUUUUGUGAAGAACGAGCUGAAGAAGUUCCAGAAGCUUCUGAGUCCAGAUUACCCAGAAAGCUUAGAGAGGCAGAGUGAGGAUGAGGAGGUGUUGGAUGGUGAGGAUGAAGAGCAGAGGAGCAGCAGCAGAGACGCAUUUCUGAAGAUCACACUGCACUUCCUGAGGAGAAUGAAGCAGGAGGAGCUGGCUGACCGUCUGCACAGCAGAACUGUUGCUGCAGUUUGUUGUCAGCUCAAAUCUAAGCUGAGGAAGAAGUAUGAGUGUGUGUUUGAGGGGAUUGCUAAAGCAGGAAACCCGACCCUCCUGAAUCAGAUCUACACAGAGCUCUACAUCACAGAGGGAGGGACUGCAGAGGUCAAUGAAGAACAUGAGGUCAGACAGAUUGAAACAGCAUCCAGGAAAACCACAAGACCAGAAACAACAAUCAGACAAGAAGACAUCUUUAAAGCCUCACCUGGAAGAGAUGGACCAAUCAGAACAGUGAUGACAAAGGGAGUGGCUGGCAUUGGGAAAACAGUCUUAACACAGAAGUUCACUCUGGACUGGGCUGAAGACAAAGCCAACCAGGACGUCCACUUCACAUUUCCAUUCACUUUCAGAGAGCUGAAUGUGCUGAGAGAGAAAAAGUUCAGCUUGGUGGAACUUGUUCAUGACUUCUUCACUGAAACCAAAGAAGCAGGAAUCUGCAGGUUUGAAGAGUUCCAGGUUGUGUUCAUCUUUGACGGUCUGGAUGAGUGUCGACUUCCUCUGGACUUCCACAACAAUGAGAUCCUGACUGAUGUCACAGAGUCCACCUCAGUGGAUGUGCUGCUGACAAACCUCAUCAGGGGGAAUCUGCUUCCCUCUGCUCGCAUCUGGAUAACCACACGACCUGCAGCAGCCAAUCAGAUCCCUCCUGAGUGUGUUGACAUGGUGACAGGGGUCACAGGGUUCACUGACCCACAGAAGGAGGAGUACUUCAGGAAGAGAUCCAGAGAUGAGGAGCAGGCCAGCAGAAUCAUCUCCCACAUCAAGACAUCACGAAGCCUCCACAUCAUGUGCCACAUCCCAGUCUUCUGCUGGAUCACUGCUACAGUUCUGGAGGAUGUGUUGAAGACCAGAGAGGGAGGAGAGCUGCCCAGGACCCUGACUGAGAUGUACAUCCACUUCCUGGUGGUUCAGUCCAAAGUGAAGAACAUCAAUCCAGACAGCAGGAAGAUGAUUAAGUCUCUGGGAAAACUGGCUUUUGAGCAGCUGCAGAAAGGAAACCUGAUCUUCUAUGAAUCAGACCUGACAGACUGUGGCAUCGAUAUCAGAGCAGCCUCAGUGUACUCAGGAGUGUUCACCCAGAUCUUUAAAGAGGAGAGAGGACUGUACCAGGACAAGGUGUUCUGCUUCAUCCAUCUGAGCGUUCAGGAGUUUCUGGCUGCUCUUCAUGUCCACCAGACAUUCAACAACUCUGGUGUGAACCUGCUGGCUGAAGAGUCAUCAACAUUCAAGUGGCUGAAAUUGUUGAGAAAUGACUCGAAACUAACUGAACUGUACCAGAGUGCUGUGGAUGAGGCUUUGCAGAGUCCAAAUGGACACCUGGACUUGUUCCUCCGCUUCCUCCUGGGUCUUUCACUUCAGACCAAUCAGACUCUCCUACGAGGUCUGAUGAAACACACAAGAAAUGUCUCACAGACCAAUCAGGAAACAGUCAGGUGCAUCAAGAAAAAGCUCAGUGAGAAUCUGUCUCCAGAGAGGAGCAUCAAUCUGUUCCACUGUCUGAAUGAACUGAAUGAUGGUUCUCUGGUGGAGGAGAUCCAACAGUCCCUGAGUUCAGGAAGUCUCUCCACAGAUAAACUGUCUCCUGCUCAGUGGUCAGCUCUGGUCUUCAUCUUACUGUCAUCAGAAGAAGAUCUGGACGUGUUUGACCUGAAGAAAUACUCUGCUUCAGAGGAGGCUCUUCUGAGACUGCUGCCAGUGGUCAAAGCCUCCAACAAAGCUCUGCUGAGUGGCUGUAAUCUGUCAAAGAGAAGCUGUGAAGCUCUGUCCUCAGUUCUCAGCUCCCAGUCCUCUAGUCUGAGAGAGCUGGACCUGAGUAACAACCACCUGAAGGAUUCAGGAGUGAAGCUGCUGUCUGCUGGACUGAAGAGUCCAAACUGUCAGCUGGAGACUCUCAGGCUGAGCGGCUGUAAUCUGUCACGGAGAAGCUGUGAAGCUCUGUCCUCAGUUCUCAGCUCCCAGUCCUCUAGUCUGAGAGAGCUGGACCUGAGUAACAACCACCUGCAGGAUUCAGGAGUGGAGCUGCUGUCUGCUGGACUGAAGCGUCCAAACUGUCAGCUGGAGACUCUCAGGCUGAGUGGCUGUAAUCUGUCAGGGAGAAGCUGUGAAGCUCUGUCCUCAGUUCUCAGCUCCCAGUCCUCUAGUCUGAGAAAGCUGGACCUGAGUAACAACCACCUGAAGGAUUCAGGAGUGAAGCUGCUUUCUGCUGGAAUGAAGAGUCCAAACUGUCACCUGGAGAUUCUCAGGCUGAGUGGCUGUAAUCUGUCAGAGAGAAGCUGUGAAGCUCUGUCCUCAGUUCUCAGCUCCCAGUCCUCUAGUCUGAGAGAGCUGGACCUGAGUAACAAUGACCUGCAGGAUUCAGGAGUGAAGCUGCUGUCUGCUGGACUGAAUAGUCCAAACUGUCAGCUGGAGACUUUCAGGUUGUCAGGCUGUAUGAUCACACAGGAAGGCUGUACUUCUCUGGCCUCAGCUCUGAGAUCCAACCCCUCCCAUCUGAGAGAGCUGGAUCUGAGCUACAAUCAUCCCGGAGACUCAGGCGUGGAGCUGCUGUCUGCUAGACUGGAGGAUCCACACUGGAGACUGGACACUCUCAGGGUGGAACAUGGUGGACAGCAGUGGCUGAAACCUAGUCUGAGGAAGUAUGCCUGUGAACUCACAGUGGACACAAACACAGUAAACACAAACCUCAAACUGUCUGACAACAACAGGAAGGUGACAUUUGUGAUGAUGGAGCAGCCUCAUCCUGAUCAUCCAGAGAGGUUUGACUGCUGGCAUCAGCUGCUGUGUAGAACUGGUCUGACUGGUCGCUGCUACUGGGAGGUCGAGUGGAGAGGAGGAGUUUCUGUAUCAGUGACUUACAGAGGAAUCAGAAGGAAAGGAAACAUUGAUGACUGUGUGUUUGGAUGGAAUAAUCAGUCCUGGAGUCUGACCUGCUCUGAUGUUGGUUUCUCUGUCUGGCACAAUAACAGAAGUACAGACCUCCACUCCUCCUCCUCCUCCUCCUCCUCCCCCUGCUCCUCUUCCUCUGUCUCUCACAGAGUUGCAGUGUAUGUGGACUGUCCUGCUGGCACUCUGUCCUUCUACAGAGUCUCCUCUGACACACUGAUCCACCUCCACACCUUCAACACCACAUUCACUGAACCUCUUUAUGCUGGAUUUGGGCUCUGGUCAUUCGGUUGCUCAGUGUCUCUGUGUUCAGUGUAGGAGGGAGAGUCUCCUCCUGUUAGAGAAACACACACACACACACACACCGUUUGAAAUAACUUGAAAUCCUUUUAAAGCUGUUUUCAUUCAGAUUUUGUUACAAAGAUUUUAGUUUGAUGUUUUCUGUACUUUACAAUCUGAAUUGAUUUCUCACAUAAAUAAGCGUGUUUAUCCAAUAAAAUCAGGUUCCAGACUCUCA